UCCACAGCGACCCCGCGCUACCGAACCCGCCAUCUCCCUCUUCGAAAGCUGGUCUUCAACACGACGAACCUACGGGAUUGUCUUCCGAUGUCAUGGCCCAUGAUGCACAGCACUGCUCUUUCGUUCUAGUCGCAGACUUCGACAUCGACCGAGGCGCGCAACUGACAUACCAGUUUCCUCAACCUCUCGGGACAGAUGAGGGACUGCUCGCAAAUCUGAUGCUGCCGGAUGGUGCGGAAAGACAGCCCACCGACUGGACGGUCUUCUUCCUCAAUCAGACUCCGUUCAACACUAUCAAGCCUAUUCUUGCGCUAGACAAUGCCGAGAGCAAGGACGCGGCGGAGGAUGGUGCGAGGAUGCUGUAUGGUAUCAAUCUUGUCCGCACGAAACUGGAUAAGACGGCGAGGAGAGGUGCCAUUGUGAAGGCCAUGGCUAUCGUAACCAGAUACCCCUUCCUGCAGAUCUUCAAGCCCGUUCUACUUCUCGCUCUGGACGACUACUUCAUGAACCCGUCGCAAGACUGUCUCGCGCGGCUCUUCGACGCGGUCAACGAGAUGGACUUCAGCACCAUGCCCGUCCUGACGCGCUACGAGAAGCUCAUCAUGCGCAAUACGGAGCGCCAGGACGUCAUGAUCGGUCGCGGGGAUGAGUACGCCAACUACCCCGACCCGGGUACGGCCACCCAACACACUGUCAAUCUACCUCCUACCACCACCCCGCGGCCAGGGCAUCGGCCAAGCAACUCGACAGACUCACGUGUGAGCUUCGAGGACAACGCUCACAUGCGCGCGAAGCGGGACAGGGAGAGUGCAACGCGGAAUGGUGGGGAGAGCUACAAAUCCGCCUCUGGCAUGCGGAGUCCGACGUCCCCGUCCGAGGCGUCGUUCUCGCUAGACGGCAGCGCGGUGUGGGUCGGAGACGAGAGCGGGCUAGAUCAGAUGGGGUUCGUGGCGACCGCCAGUGCUGCGAGUGCCAGCUCUAGCAGUGUCAGCAGCGUGGCGGGACGCGGUCGGCGUUCGACGGAUGCGUCCUCGUCUUCAUCGCAUGGUGCGUAUGGACGCGGCGGCGAGUCCGCCCCAUCCCUCGCUGGGGCAAGUGCGGCAUCGUCUGCGCUCAAGGACUCUCACUUCUACCACACGGCGAUCAACUACAACGAGCACCAGCUACCGGUCAAAGUUCCGCUCUCCACAUUUCCGGAAGAAGUGGGCGAGGGCUCCUUGACGAUGCUGUGCGCUACAUUCUCACCGGCGAUCACGACCAUGAGCGGCCCUCUGCAUCCUCACUUGCACACGAACGGCGCACUUACGCCACCAGUUAUUGUGCUCUUCAACGCGUUGAUUACGGGGAAACGGAUAAUCUUCCUAGGCCACCACAAGCUCGCUGAGAACGUAUCAAACCACGUCCUUGCUGCGUGCGCGCUAGGCUCCGGUUGCGGAGUAGUCCUGCGUGGAUUUAUCAAGCGUGCGUUCCCGUAUGCUACGCUCAUUAACCGCGAGGAGUGGGAGAGCAUCCCGGGAUAUAUUGCGGGCGUGACGAACCCGAUCUUCGAGACGGCGGGAUCUUGGGAUCUGCUGUGCGACAUCGGGACGAACCGGAUCGUUGUUUCGAAGGACAUUCACCUGAACCACCCUGCGUCGUGGUCGAGCUCGAAUCCGCUCAUCAUGCGCACUGGGACGGUGAAGGCGGAGGGCUCGAUCGGGAGCGAGGAGGAGGCGGUGCGCGUGCCCACCAAGGAGGGCGGGUCAACGCAGAAGCCUGAGUUCGCGGGUCGGCCAGACAGCGCGGACAAUGUCUUCAUCGAAGAUGUUCUCGGCGCGAUCGCUUCACACUACUCAGAGGCGCACGUUCGCGCGAAGUUCACCGAGUACGUGAUCCGUUUCGUGCGCGUCGCGGCGCGGUACGAAGAGGACCUACUGGGCUCCACGACUAUCGCGUGGCCGACGAUGCCGUAUACCGAACGUGCGGGCGAGAAGCCACGGCUCGGCAGCGGUGCGUACUUCGUAGACGACGCCACGUGCGCGAGGGACCUCGCGGUGAACGCGACGCGGAUCGAGGCGUGGCGCCGGACGGAGUGCUACAAGUUCUUCCAAAUUGAUUGGAAGCACUUUGUUGCAACGAAUCCGGUCCAGGGCUUCGACCUAUCGCACCAGCUCUCGCGACUGCGGUUCGCGAAGAGCAUGUCCGAUGGUGAGGCGGAGCUCAUCUUCCGUACUAUCGCGGAGAAUCUGCGUUCGUAUGACGAGGUCACCGAGCUCCUUGCAUGGCUCCCACCGCACCUUCACGGUCUACAGCCGCUCAGCUUCGGGCUUUUCCACCAGAACGAGAACGUGCGCGAGCUGGCGGUCGACCUAUUGAACGAGCUGCGCGGGUACCCGAUCGGUGUGCAGUUCCUGCAGAUGCUCAACCAUUUCCAACGCUACGCGUACGUACGGCAGGCUCACGCGAAGGAGCAGCGUGCGAAGGAUGGCAAUUCGUUGUCGAUACCGCAUUCUGCGUUCAUGGCGCGCACGCCGUCGAAUCGGAGCGAGUCGAGCCUAGGGGGCGGCUAACAUUCGAGUGCGCUUUUCGUAUACCACUAUACCAGGUUCCUAAAUACAGGGCCCCCUGUAACUUAUAUGCUUAUGUUACGUUGUACCGCGCAUCGAACGAACUUUCGAAAUAUAUACAAGUCAAA